AUGAGCAUCGACCUCUACUUACUGCUCGAGACAGCAUCGGGCUACGCUCUAUUCGUACGUGACCAGUACGAUGAGCUUGGAAACAUCGAUGAUGGUGCUGCACAGACUGAGAAUCUCAAGGACUUCAUGAGCCUGGUGAAGCUCCGAGGCUUCCUUCCCUUCACCUCUGCCGAGGUCGCCUUGUCCAACAUCAACGCCAUUGUUGCUGGCGAGUGCACUGAGGAGUUGAAGAACUUCCUCUCGAUGAACUUGACCACGCAGAGCAAAAAGAAGAAGAAGGCAGCCCCUGCCUACAAGUUGGGCGUUGCCGAUCCCAAGCUCGGCGACUCUCUCAACGAGCUCGGCUUCCAGGUCACCUACUCCCAGUCUGUACGUGACAUGCUUCGUGGAUGCCGCCAACACGUAGCUAAGAUGGUGAAGAUGGACGAGUCCGAUCUCGACAAGGCCAGGUGCGGUCUAGGCCAUGCUUAUUCCCGUAAUAAGAUGCAGUUCGACCCGAACCGUCAGGAUAAGCCCAUCAUCAACGCCAUCGCUAUCCUCGAUGGCCUCGAUAAGAACAUCAACACCUUUGCUAUGCGUGUGAGGGAGUGGUACUCGUGGCACUUCCCCGAGAUGGCUAAGAUCGUCACUGAUAACGAGGUCUUCGCCAAGCUGGCCUGCCUUAUAAGGCUGAAGGACGACUUCGACUGGGACAACAGGAUGGAUGAGGUUGUAGAGGCCUGCGGUGGUGACGAGGAGACUGCCAAGGAGCUUGAGAAGGCCUGUCGUACCUCUAUGGGUCAGGAUAUCGUCGAGAUGGACAUGGCCAACAUCGAGCACUUUGCCAAGCAGGUCAUUUCUCUAUCUGAGAUGCGUCGUAACCUCACGGAUUACCUCCACGGCAAGAUGGACGUCGUUGCACCCAACCUCGCUGCUCUCAUUGGCGACACUGUUGGUGCCAGGCUAAUCUCUCAUGCUGGCUCUCUCACGAAUCUGGCCAAGUACCCUGCCUCUACCGUUCAAAUCCUGGGUGCUGAGAAGGCUCUUUUCCGCGCCCUCAAGACUAAGGGUAACACCCCUAAGUAUGGUCUAAUCUAUAACUCUAGCUUCAUCGGUAAGGCUGCCCAGAAGAACAAGGGACGGAUAUCUAGGUAUCUCGCCAACAAGUGCUCCCUUGCUUCCCGUAUCGAUUGCUUCUCGGACCAACCCGCAGGAAGCAGCGAAUCUUGCACUGUAUUCGGUGAGAAGAUGCGGGAUCAGGUCGAAGAGAGGCUGAGAUAUCUCACUACUGAGGGAGUUAAGCCCAAGAGGAACGUUGAUGUUAUGCGUGAGGCCAUGAAGGAGGUUGAGGAGAUUCAAGAGAACGACAAGGAGGCUGUUGAAGCUGCUGCCGCUGAUGAGGAGGAGGAGGAGGAAGUUGUUGUGGAGAAGAAGGCUAAGAAGGAUAAGAAGGCCAAGAAGGAGAAGAAGCGUAAGCAUGCUGAAGUGGAGGAGGAGGUCGAGGAGGUAGCCGAACCCGAGGAAGAGGAGGCUCCUAAGAAGAAGCAUAAGCAUAAGAAGUCGAAGAAGCACAGCUCUGAAGUAUUCGAAGGGUUGGUUGAUGAGGCCUCUUGGGCUCAUCUAUUCCCUCGUUCUCUCUACUGUGCCCACGAGGGCCUGGGAGUCUAUUCUCAAUGUGCCGAGUCGGAAAGGUUCGCCGCACGAGGUGGGCGGUGGUCAGGGGAAGUUUUGGUGCAGAGGAGGAGCCUUCUUAAGGAUACGAACCCUGCUCGAUGGGAUGUAUCCGUUGGUGGUCACGUGGCGGGCUACGAUUAUGUGAUGGCAUCAGCAGUGAGGGAAGUACGAGAGGAGCUGGGCGUGUCUGUCAAGCCUUCAGACCUUGAGGAGGUCGGCGUGGUAGCCACCGAGGCCCGAGGAUCUGGAUAUAUAGAUCGGGAACUCAAGCACAUAGCGAUAUACCCCUGGCGAGGUCGUCUGCAGCAGCUACAACUCGACCCAGCAGAAGUUACUGAGGCGGAGUGGAUGCCGUGGGUGGAGGUUCAUCGGAGGCUCAUACGAGGCGAUAGAGAAUUCGUGGCAUUUAAUCGACGUGAGCAGUGGAGCGGAGCGAAGGUGAAGCGUUCGAGAAUGUGGCUGGUGAAGAGAAAUAGGGAGGCAGGGUCCAAGAGAAUUAACAACUACAGAGGAUUCCACAAGAUACACACGGGAAUCUACGGCCAGAAGGUUAAGACAUGCUUCUUAGUUCGGCGUGGUAAUCCUACUCGGAGGAUGGUCAUCAAACAGUACUCCAGGGCGACUAUGGCUCGCCAGCGGUUGCCGAUCUAUGGCAAGGGAGGAUCGGUCUCUCUGGUCUCGGGAACGCGUGUGAUUGAGGAUGAGAUAUGUAUUCUGGAGAAACUUAAGGAGAAGCAGGUUUCUAACGUUGUAGGAAGAGCGGUUGUUUUGUGA